AUGCAAUCUUCAGGUAAGGAGAUAUCACAACUUAUAGCAUGCCCAGUUUGUAAUGAAAAGAUUCAGUUUGCGAAGAUAAAUAGCCAUUUGGAUAAUUGUACCACUGGGAAGGCACAAAACGGCCAAAAAUCUAUAACUAGCAUACUUGGCAAUAGUAAUAAACGAAAAUACGAUACAGCAGACAAAGCUAGCGAAAUAAUCGAUUUGGACAAUGAGAAUAAUGCUGAUAUUCCACAAAAGAAGAUCAAAAUUGAAAGUACUGAGAACACAACGAACACAACGAACACAACGAACACAAUAAAAAGCUCUGACUAUGAGUUCAGGUAUUUACAAAAGAUCAGUCAUUUACCUUUAAGUGAAAAAUUAAGGCCCAAGGAGAUACGAGACUAUGUCGGACAACAACAUAUCUUAUCACAAGAGAGUGGUGUACUAAACAAAUAUGUCCAAGAAGGUUUAGUACCCUCUAUGAUUCUCUGGGGCCCACCUGGUGUGGGUAAGACUACAUUGGCUCGCCUAUUAACAAAAACAGCCUCUUUACAUGGUAGCCGGUAUACCAUGGUGGAGACCAGUGCCACUAAAGCCAAUGCUCAAGAGUUAAGAUCAAUUUUCGAGAAAGGUAGGAAAGAGUACCAAUUAACAAAGAGAAGAGUAGUAUUAUUUAUUGAUGAAAUCCAUAGAUUUAAUAAAGCACAGCAAGACUUGUUGCUUCCCCAUGUUGAGAAUGGCGAUAUCGUGUUGAUAGGCGCUACCACAGAAAACCCUAGUUUCCAGCUGAAUAAUGCUUUGAUCAGUAGGUGCCAUGUCUUUGUACUUGAAAAGCUUUCAGAAACUGAAGUUAUAAUAAUUUUAUCUAGAGGUGUUGCACUUCUGAACAAAUUACGGAAUGUAAUUUGGAAUGUCAAAAAUCCAUUAAAACUGUCUAGGAGUAUUUUAGUUUAUUUGUGCGAUAUUUCGGUAGGUGAUGCUAGAAGAGCCUUAAACCUACUCGAAAUGAUUGAAGUAUCGACAAGACAUGUUGAGAAGGAGCUAACAAUUGAACAAAUUCGCGAAAUCAUAAAGAAUAAUAAUUCUCAAGGAUUAAAUACAUAUUAUGACACCAAAGGGGAUAAUCACUAUGAUACAAUCUCUGCAUUUCAUAAAGCUGUGAGGGGUAGUGAUGAAAAUGCAUCUUUAUACUACCUAGGAAGGAUGCUGCAAGGUGGUGAAGAUCCACUAUAUAUAGCACGGCGUAUGAUUAGGAUAGCUAGUGAAGACAUAGGUAUUAGGGACAACUCUAUGCUUCCACUAGCCAUUGCUGCCCAUGAUGCAGUGAUGAAAUUAGGAUUACCUGAAGCUGAUAUGGCAUUGGUUCAAUGUUGUGUAUCUCUGGCGAGGGCUCCAAAAUCAGUAGAGAUUUACCGUGCCUGGAAGAAUUUAAGAGGAAUGCUUGCUGAGAAUAAAUAUAAUCUUGCCAGCAGUGAAGUACCUAUGCAUAUAAGGAAUGCACCUACCAGAUUAAUGGAAGAAUUAGGAUACCACAAAGGUUAUAAAUAUAAUCCGGACUAUAAAGAUGGUAUUGCAAAACAGGACUAUUUCCCACAAGAGGUUCUCGAUAAAUGCGAAGACCCUAACGAGCUUAAAUUUCUGACAGGAGAGCACUUUGGAACCAAAACUGAUCCCGAUCUUAAUGAAAACAAGUAA